AAAUAAAAAUAAAAAAUCAGUCUCUGCAACAACAUGUUUGCCAUUACAAAGCUGGUAUGUAAAGAAAAAUGAAAAGUGAGAAAAACUGGGGAAGAAGUACAUUAAUGUCAGACGACUGCAAUGAUGGACGCUCUGCCAUUCCUCAUGACGAAAAACUAUGUUAUACGUCACAAUAGUGACGUCAUGCUAGAGAAUGAUUGGCCGUUUCAGUCAAACAGUGCUAAUGUCUCUUCUUCCAAUGUAUCAGAGAAACAGCAGACCGACCACAAAACAUGUGACAGCAGAUGAUAAAGAUCUUAUGCAUCGGGUCCUGCGUCGCCAGCUGCUGUCUGCUUAUUAUCCUCCUCGCCCGUCUCCAACCAUCUGCUGCGCUGACUGAGGAAGACAGCAAAUCCUUGUGGCACCAAAUGGCCCAUGCAUUAAUGCUUGUGAGGGCAGAAGACAGAGAUGAUUUUAUGGACAUAUGUAUGAAGUCAUCAUACUUUAUGUGACGAAAGGAACUUCGAAGGACCGAAGGGAGAUUUCGAAUGGGAAUCAGGCUUUAUUUCCCCAAAAGCAAAGACGCGCUUUUGGCAUGCCUACGCAUGUACCAUUCGGCGGGACAUUACCCUGUGCCCGAUAGACGGCGCCUGGAGCAUGUGGAGCCCCUGGACAAUGUGCAGCGCCACCUGUGAUGGGACAAGCAGCCAGACACGCACUCGCACGUGCAACAACCCCGCUCCCAUAAAUGGCGGGUAUGCAUGUCAGGGCAGCAUCUUAAGGUCUCGUCCAUGUGUUGGGACUUGUAUCGAAGCUGAGUCAUAUGGAGACGGACUUGAAGAGGCUGAGGCGUACCUCAGAGCUGUCCACAAGUCAUACCCAAUUCUGAAGCAAGACUGCUUUAUCGAUCACUGCACCUUCGCUGACGUCAAGAAGAUCAUUAAAGAAUCAAGCACUAGCGACAAAUACUGGUCAAGUUUGGCCUGUGUGAAAUACAAGGGAGCUUGCCCGAUGGAUGGAAGCUGGGGUGAUUGGGGCGUUUGGGGCGACUGUUCUGUAAGGUGUGGGGCUGGCACUCGCUCCAGGACACGCACAUGCGACAAACCCCCGCCACAGUUUGGAGGUCAUGUCUGCCUUGGACUAUGGGUCGAACAACAGACCUGUAUCCAGAGGAACUGUCCGUUUUCCGUAGCGGACACUUUCACGGAGUGGACUGAGUGGUCGUCCUGCAGCUCGCCGUGCGACUCAUACGGUACCCAGUUCUCCACUCGUGUGUGCCUAAAGCACGGCGGAUGCAACAUGAACGGAGUGCUGACCCCCUUCAUCAACCGCACGCGACCUUGCUUUAAGGGUCCCUGUUCACAACAUGGAGGCUGGUCACUGUGGACUGACUGGACAGAUUGUUCUGCAAGAUGUGGAACGGGUCGACAAAGCAGACUGCGGCUCUGCGACUCACCCUACCCUACUGGUGGACUGAACUGCGACGGCCACCCUCUUGACUUCAAGGUGUGCACUGGCACCAGGUGCAGCAUGGAACCAUCAAUUUCAGCGCUGAAGGCGAAGAUACACGAGGGGAUGUCAAAGACCAUCCUAGCGGAGGACGUGACUUUGGGUGUCAACGACGAGUUCUUGACUGGGCCCCUCAACUCUUUGGCCGAGCGUCUGUACUUGUCGUGGACUUCAUGGUCCCACUGUACCGCGUCGUGUGGAGGAGGGCAAAGAAUGAGAACGAGGCAUUGCGAGCCACACAUCCCUCUCAUAGUUCAGAGUAAAUGCGAAGGCGAAGUUGUCCAGGAACAGUUCUGCAACAUCCACGUUUGUCCUGUCAGCGGAGGGUGGACUCAAUGGCUACCAUGGACGCCGUGCAGCACGACGUGCGGCAUCGGUCAGCGUCACCGUUAUCGUGAGUGCAGCAGUCCCUUGCCCAAGAACGGAGGCUUUUGCCCCGGUGACAGCAGCCGUGUGGAAACGUGCGUCCAGCCUGCCUGUCCUGAAGGCACCUCCUGGUCCCAUUGGUCGGAGUGGUCCAUGUGCAGCGAGAGCUGCGGUGGCGGGUUACGCAUGAGAGAGAGAUCCCGCCAAAAGAUUUUGACUCCUAGCAACGAACUUACUGAGCCCGAGAGAAUAGAGGAGAAAUUGCCCUGCAAUACUCAGCCCUGUCCAGAAAACGGAGGCUGGGCCACUUGGGGCGAAUGGUCCAAGUGUUCUGCAGCCUGCGGCAUGGGCUACAGGGAGCGGGAUCGAACCUGCACCGACCCUGCACCGAUGCAGGGAGGGGCAGCGUGCAUCGGACCUGGCACGGAUGUGACCCACUGUUAUUCGGGGCCCUGUCGAGACGAAGACGACCAAGCGAUUCACUUAGAUCCCACCAGCUGGCUCCACUACCCCCCUUACAACCGCCCAGAGAAGUACCUUGCGAUCUACCUACACUUCAAACCCAUUUCCUCCAACGGCAUGAUCCUCCACCGCCAUCGAAAGUGUAGCGACAACGACAAUACGGAGGAAGAUGGCAAACAUGAGGCGAAUGAAGAGACGAACCUGAACGAUUUCGAUGUUUGCCGCGUGCUGGUGGAUGUGCAACUCAAGGACGAGAAGCCGAUGCUCCGAGUGCAUGUGAACGACGUCUCGCUCACCAUCACUUCCAACGUGUCUCUGGCACUGGGCAAGUGGCAUGAGCUGUUGGUGGAAGUGCUAAGUUCUGGGGCGUCGCUUCGGGUCAACGACCGUGAGCGCGUUGAGGCUAUCUACCCUAAGACAGUAAACAUAGACCUGGAUUUUGACGCCUACAUGACCAUCGGCUUCGUCAACAAUCAAUCGUAUGGUUUCACGGGCAGCAUCUGUACGCUUAGCGUCAACUUCCGGACCCUGGAAUUGUUUGCAAGCACCGACUGGGAGGGUCAGGGAAUUGCCAUCAACCGUCAUAGCGUAUCUGUAGAAAACAUCAAUCCUAUCGUGCAGAUGCCUCACCUGCAUGGUAUAUACUACUCGUCCCUCCGGCUGCCGAAAGCAGAACAGCUUUCUCUGCAGGUGACCGUCGCUGUGGAUGAGCCGGACGGUCUACUGAUGUAUGUGCCAGGCGAGAAAGAGAGCAGCUUCCUGUCGCUGGGCCUGCGUAAGGCGAAGAUGGACGUGUGUCUGCAGUGCGGCUAUCAGCCCGUGUGCCACCUCACUGAGCCGUUCAAGGUGCACCAGUGGUACCACGUGGCGGUGACCGUGGACAAGCAGGAAGUGGAGUUGCGGGUGGACCAGGGCAAGGCUGCACAGUUCACCUGUUCCGGCUCCCCCUUCGUGCCCAGACACUACAUUCAUAUCGGAGGAAGAGACGCCGAGCACUGGAGGGCCGUGGAGCACAUCACCAACUAUACGAAAGGCUUCUUUGGGGCCAUUGGUAGCCUUCUUCUUAACGGCCAGUCAGUGUCAUUCAAGCACGACCCCAUCCUAAGCCGUGAUGGCAGGCUGAAUCCAUACGGCUUUAGUAAAGCUUCCCGCAUCACGCCAGUGUUCGAGCACAAGAGUAGCAUCGUCAGCCUGCACUGUGAGAUUGAUCCCUCUGAAGGAAAAGAGGAGAGGGUGCAUGUCAUGUGGCUGUACUCGGACACCAUCAUAAGGCCUUCCGCCUUAGUCGAGAUCAUCGAGCCCGUUGGUGAACCCAAUAAAAUAGGGACUCUUUUAAUGCAACCGGAGGGACACAAGGAGGGGCUGUACUCAUGCCUGAUCAGCAGGGACGGCCGCCUGGUGUUGACACAUGUGUAUCCGCUUUUUCGCCAGGCUACCAGUACAGAUACCUACGAGAACCAGAUAGAGUGGCUGUCCCUGGCACUUCUGGCGAUCUUCCUGUUUCUUGUGGCGCUCAUACUGCUUGCCUGUCGCAACCGGGAAAGUAUCCUCAUCUGUCUGGGGCUGCGAAAAAGACCACCCAAGUUCAUGGAUGAGAACGCGACAUUGCUACAAAAAGAGGUGGAGCUGACAUCGGAUACGGAGACAACCACCACGACCUUCGAAUCCCACCAUCUCGCCAUCACACCUGGGGUGGUCUCCCGACAAUCUAUGACCGUCCGCGACGACAUGAGAAGGCUGAGCCAGGACCGCCGCUCUUCCUACAGCCAAAAGUGUCCGCCAGAACCCGUCACCUACACAAAAUACUCAUGUGACAUUAUGCCAAAUGCGGACAAUGUUUGGCCAGAUUCAACCGAGGGUUUCCAGAACGUAGAGGCAUCGUACAAAGGUAUUCCUGAGGACGACAGUCAAUUUUAUUUUAACAUCAGAGGCGGGAUGCCCUCCCGACGAUCUUUCAUCCUACGCAAUCACAGGGUUUGGCCAGGCAAGGACUACGCAGCCAACUACAAACAGAACCUAUCACUCUGCCAGUGUCCACCUGAACUUGUCACAUGCACCGACAUGGAAAGUACGUCCGACGCUAUAUCAUCCAGGGAAACCGUUUGUCCAGAUUCAGCCGUGGGCUUCGAGAAUGCAAAAGUCUUACAUGCCGGUGGUCAGUCUGCUUUUAGAAUUACCCCCGGCGUGGGCUCCAGACGAUCCCUCACUGUCCGCAACGACUUGGUUGGGCCUGGCAAGGACCGCCGCACCACCUCCAGCCAAAACGCGCGAUUCUGUAAGUAUCCGCAGGAACCUGUCAUUAACAAUGACACACAAUACUCGUGCGACACUAUGUCGCUUACGGAGACCGUUUGGCCAGACUCAGAGAGGGGCUACGAGAACGCAGAGGCCUCACAUGUGGGUAUUCAGGGCGGCAAAAAUCAAUAUGCUUUAAGGAUCCAGAAGCAGGACUUCAACAACGUAUCCCAGCCUGCCAAUGCCAGCAACCUUCGACGCAGGCUUUCUUCCAUGGUAGAUUUUUCCAUCCAUGGCAUGUCUUCGCCUGACAUCGUCGCCACCACGAACCCCAGCAGGCAAAUGAACAAUCCCAGUCGGACAUUGAUGAAACAAAGCAGCCUAUGGCGAAUGACAGUAGGCACGUCACGAAGAAAAAAUGCUUAUUGGAGGACGACCAUCGGGACUUGUGUCAUGCCAUCGGGGAGCAUAGCCGCAACCAGAGCCAGCAACAUGAAAAGGUCAAGCGGCAGGCGCCUUGGAAAAGAUUCUUCCCAGAGCGCCAUCUCAAGCAUCUGCAACAGGGGCAUCUGUUUCCCCAAACUCCUUCGACAACAAACUUACAUACACAGCAACAGCAAGAUCCGCUUUCUAGAGUUUCUUUGAACUGCGAACAACAGCAGAAGCAGCAGCUUCAAAAUGCAGUUUAACAAAAACAACAAAAUCUGAAGCAAGUACAGCAUGAACAGCAACAACAAAAUCCUCAACAGCAGAAUAAGAAGGACAUUUGUUCUUAAGAGUUUUGCCGAGAAUAGACCCACAGCAGCUACAGUAACAACAGCAACCCUGCCAGGAAAAGCAGGUCCCAACGCAGCAACAUCUACAGACGGGCCAAGUAGCUUCAAACUUGUCUGCUAAGAGAGUCACAGUUCUCCAGACAGUUCACCCGUGGCCAUCCCCUCCCUCUACUCACAAGUGAUUUAUCUUUUACGUCAGUGUAUACUCAGCACUCAUAUAUAUAUAUACACACACGGUGUGGUUUGCAGGCACUUGCCCCUGUCUUUAUCCUUUUCCUUUGUCUCUGCUCCACUUAUUGGUCUCUCUAAAUCCUCAUCCUAUUUCCUUCCGAAUCUGAGCUACAAGCUGGACGAAUAGACUGGUAUGAAAUUUUUUUCUCAAGUUUUUUUUUUUAAAGGAAACGCGUUGACCAAAGAGCUUUAACAUAAAAGAGAUUUAUAAACAGACAAAUAAUUUUUUAAAGUUUCAUCAUGGAAAGCUGCAUUUUUAGUCGCUGCUGAGCCUAGAUUUGCUGCUUCACGCUUUCGUCCCGGCUUCAGUUCGUUGGUUAUAUAAAGGCAUGAUGGCACGAACUAAGCCUGAUGAGGAAGCCUAGUUCAAUGACCUGGCUGCCACCUGAUCCCCGUCAAAAGACUUGCCUUUCUUUGUAAGUCCACGCACCUGACGAACAGGACGAGAAAUGAGCUCUGACCGUAGCUUUGCCGUUCCUUCACCGUGCAAGGCGGGGGUGAAAGUCAAAGGUGUGCACAGACUGCUACAGAAACUCCUGCGGUAUUUCAAUUCUUUGCGCAGGCAAAGAAUCUACAAGUCAUACAUACCUGCCGAUGGAACAACAGCGUGAUCACCUGAUCGUGCAAUCCUGCCAAAGCCAAAAUGCUUGCUUAGAGAGCUAAGAAGGAAAUAUAAGGUCCAGACGAUGUAACUACGCGGACUUGAAAUGAUUGUGCUAGGACAUAAAUAUUGAUAGUUUGUCAAAUCGAUCGUUCCUUCCACGGGUCUACCUCUCUAGCCAUCAUGUCGGGCAGCUGUGAAAUGCGGAAAAAGACUGUAAAGAUUGGUCAUAAGUGUCAUCACAUUUCUUUGGCGAGGGGUGUAUAGGAAGGGAAAAAAUGAUUGUUUCAUAAAACCAAUACUGAUAUCAAACGAAAGUACACUUUCAAGGACAAGACUGGAAUGAAUCGAGUUAUUGUUUUUUGGACCGUGACGUUGCAAGACUUGGAAUUACUCUGCCGACUGUUCUCCAGCGCAUUUGAACAAUGGAUAAUUGACCUUGAUAUACUUGAUUGCAGUAUUGUAUAUAAGUGCUUUUACAUGAUGCGUGUCGUGUCGUUCGUAUUUUGAUGGUAUUUACAGGAUAUGAAUGUUAAGUAUAGAGACUUUUUAAAAUAGUCGACCUGACGUUUCGACCGUGACUAACAUUAGGUUUUUCUCUUCUGUAUUCAAGAAGUGUGGUCAAGAGGUCAUGUAUUCAUUCUUGAUACAGUUUUUUUUCUGAAAAUAUUUUACAGAUGUUUCGUCAAAGUCUACAUAAAACUUUUGUGUUUAAUUUACAUGAGACGUUUGGUUACUUCAAAUAUACUAUAUUACAGUCUG